CAGAGUGAAGCAACCGCAGCAGCAAACCUGAGCAAGCAAGCAAGCUAAAUUAUCUAUAUUGUUUAUCAUUUAACUAGGCAAAGUAUGCAGUAUCUCAAAAAUGGUUGCGUUUUUGAUCGACAUGUGUUGUCUUCACCUCUGUUUCUUUGGGAAAAUAUCCCCGGUAUUUAGCUAAGUCGCUACAUGUAAUCCUGCUAGCUUAGUUCUGCUUUCGAUUGGGCUGCCAAAGCAGGCUAACGUCAGCUGUCAAAAGCUACAAAGCUAGCUAAUACUUGCUAACUAAACACGGUUAGUUGGAUUCGGAGUGUCAGCUUAUUGAAAAACGAAAUUGGUAAAUAUGGGAGUCAUUUUUACAAAAUUAUGGAGGCUUUUUAAUCACCAAGAGCACAAAGUCAUCAUUGUUGGGCUGGAUAAUGCAGGGAAGACAACAAUACUCUAUCAGUUUUCUAUGAAUGAAGUGGUACACACGUCACCCACAAUAGGAAGCAAUGUGGAGGAGAUUGUGGUGAACAACACUCAUUUUCUCAUGUGGGAUAUUGGAGGCCAGGAAUCUUUGCGUUCCUCCUGGAACACCUACUACACUAACACAGAAUUUGUGAUCAUUGUAGUCGACAGCACAGACAGGGAGAGGAUCUCUGUGACCAAAGAAGAGCUGUAUCGAAUGCUAGCUCAUGAGGACCUUCGAAAGGCUGGAUUGUUGGUCUUUGCCAAUAAGCAGGAUGUGAAAGGUUGUAUGAGUGUGGCUGAAAUUUCACAGAGCCUCCAGCUUACUUCUGUUAAAGACCACCAGUGGCACAUUCAGGCCUGCUGUGCUCUCACAGGGGAGGGGCUCUGUCAGGGACUAGAGUGGAUGAUGUCACGACUGCGAAUAAGAUGACUUCUGCACCCAUGCAAACAGACCACACUGUAUCUCCUCUACGCGUGGAGGCCGACUGUCACUCACUGUGAAGGUGGCCUGGAGGUGUCACCCGGACUUAUGUGAUUAAUUUAUAACAGCUCAUUGAGAACUGUGAACAGAAGACUGGUAACGACCUGUGACAGUGGUUCAGGAUGAGAAAACCCACAUUUCAGUGUUUUUUUUUCUGCAGUUGCCCCAGUCGCAGUGAAGAGUCUGAGGGAAAAGAUAGAGAGAAGCACAUGAAUUUAAAGGAUGUAAUGAUGAUUCAGGCUCUGUUGGAGUGGCUUUGCAGUAUUGCCUGACUGCCCGACAAAGUAUUUUCUCCAUGCGUUCAGUCCAGUAUUCACAUAAACCUUUUGCCUAUGUCUGAACCACUCAUUUUUAGUGGCUUGACAUCAUGCAGCACAACUCUCCACAGUUUAUGUAAAACACAUUCAAAUAAAAGGUUUUUAUUCAUCAAGA